UAAGCCACUAGUUGCUCGGUCGAUUCAGUUGCUGUCUGGACGCUGUGGCAGAGAGUCAGCAGCAUUCUCAUUCAAACAGUUUUCUCUCCGGUUUUAUUCGCAAUCUCACCGUUUAUCGCCUUUGUAUAUAUCCUGUACAUAUUUUUUACUGAAAGAAACGAUAGAGUAGAUUCUGGUUUCGCCAGAUCAGGAAAUCGUCCAGGCGCUUUGGGCGUGAGAAGAUAUGGGGCAUUUGCACGAUGAUCUGCUGUGUCUGGAGAGUCUGGAGACCUGUCAGACUCUGCCGUCGUUGCCGACGCGCGAUCCCCUCAUCCAGAUUCACAUGUUGCUGUCCCUUGAAACGCCUUAUCAGUGUGCCUUUACAGAAACUUCCGUAGUAACGCGGAGGAAGCACGAGAUGGUGGCCCAGUGGAUGUGUCAGGUAUCCGUUCUCCGCGAAGAGGACGUCUUUCCUACAGCGUUGAAUAUCUAUACCCGCUUCAUAGUGGCCCAUCAGUCCAAGAUGGACUCCGAUAGUCAGCUGCAAUUGACGGCGGCCUGCGCCCUUCAUUUGGCAUCCAAACUCCUGGAGUCCAGUCCGAUGUUGGCCGAUGAACUGGCUUACUUGACCGAUGACGCCUACGCGCCGGAGGAUAUUCGGCUGAUGGACAUUGUCCUAUUGUCGACUUUAUCCUUCGAUUUGCUCUGUGUGCCUCCGGGCCACUAUGUGGAGGCCUAUCUGACGCUACUGGGACUGACGGACUGGGAGCAGCGCCAGAUCCUUAAAAAUGAGACGUUGAGGCGCAUUAAUCUGGCUCUUAUUGAUGUGGAGGUCUUAUGUUGCAAACCAUCGCUGGUAGCUGCGGCCUGCCUUCUCUCUUCCCUUUAUGUCUACAAAUACUGUGUGGGCAGCGCGGUUGGCCUUUUUGCGGAAACAAUUGGAGUUACAACGGGUGAUAUUCUUCGUUUGUGCCAGUUAAGUAUGGCUGUCUGGGAAAGGCAUCGUCCAGAGGUGUACGAUGUGAUUGAGGAAUACCAUUGUGCAAUGGUAGAACGGCAGGACAGCGGUAUCUCUUCAAUGGCGGAUGGGAUGGAGGUACGGCCAAGCAGAUCUGAGGAAGAUUUAGGAUGUGAUGUCGAUGAGGAUUUCAUGGAGGAGCUGCUGGCGGAUGAAAGCCUGGGUACUUCUGAAGGAGAAGAGUCCUUCGUGCGCGGUUAUCAGGAAUACCUGAUCGACUCGGAUUCUGGAAUCCAGGACGAUAUUCACAUUGUGCCGGCGCCAUUUGCUGCCAUGUCGGUAGAAUGUAUGGAGGAGACUGAGUGAAUAUCGGUCUGCAGAGAUGUGGUUGCUCUGAAAAGUACCAAAAAAAUUCUGGGUGAUAAUUCAUAAAGAGAUUCCUAAUGGGAAAACUGUUGGUGGGAUUCGGAAAUGUGUGGAGCAGAAUAAUGUUUCUCAGCAGUUGCGGAGUGCACCAGCAGUUACUGGAAUUGAAACUGUCAUGCCGUGCCUGUACGUCAUGGAGGCGCGUGUACGCUGUACAUGUUUUCCUGCAUUUUUCAGUUCCAUUUAUUUUCUCUCCUUUCUGUUCAAUUUGUGAUAGGAUUCAACUGUCCAUUACUGACCACUGUAGAAUUAUUGAGAAAAAUGUCUUAAUUGAAUGUUUUGAACGUAGUUGGAUUGCUUAUAAUUAUUUUUGAUUAAUAUUGCUUUCUUGGUUUGAAUAUUUGGCAGCGACUUUUUAGUUGUCAGUUUGUAUAUCGGCAGAGUUUUGCUGUGCAGAAUUGUACGUGCUGUAUUUCAGUACGUACCAAUGUUUGCAACUUUUCAGUAAAAAUGCACAGAAUCCCAA